CAGUUGGGUGCAAGUCAUGUUUUCUUUCAAAAUUCUAAUAAUUUUGGUGUGUUUAUGGUCGGCAGAUGCGUUACUUGAAAAUCCGAGUCAACCUUUAGUAAGGCUGCCAAAUGGUUAUGUUCGAGGACUCUAUAAAGGGCACUAUAUGUCCUUUGAAUCUAUACCCUAUGCGGGGACGAACUGGAAUAAAUUUCAGAUACCCAUUCCAUACAGUCUUCAAUGGAGCGAACCCUUCAAUGCAACUCAGCCACCAAAGGCGUGCUUACAGUGGAACCCGUUCAUCGAAGGAGAGGAUAAAGUGACGGGGACCGAGGACUGCCUGACCCUUAGCAUAUACAGACCUUUGCGUAACUAUCACCGCAAACUUCCUGUUGUGGUAGACAUUCAUGGCGGAUUCUUCAUGUUCGGAGGUGCAGACAAUCAUUUAGUUGAAAGACUUAUGAACAGAGGGAAUGUUGUUUUUGUGAAGAUUAUCUAUCGAGUUGGACCAUUGGGUUUUCUGUCCACCGGCGAUUCAGUUAUUCCAGGAAACCUUGGACUCAAAGAUCAACGCCUUGCAUUGGAAUGGAUCAAGGCAAACAUAGCGAAAUUUGGAGGAAAUCCGCGCAAAAUUCUUGUUCUAGGUCACGACGCUGGAGGUGCUUCGGUUCAUUUACAUCUUUUGAAAUCGGACUUUAACAAGAUUGCAAGGACUGCUAUUUCUGUAAGUGGAAACGCUCUCAAUCUUUGGGUUAUGCAAAGAGGUGCACGCCAGCGCGCUUUUGAAUUGGGCCGCAUUAUGGGUUGUGGUCUACUUGAUGACUCUGCGACUCUUGUUUCGUGUUUGUCCACAAAGAGUGGAGCGGAAAUAGUUAGAGCUGCCCAACAAUUGCAAAUUCUAGAUAACAUAUCCAUUUCUGUGUUUGGGCCUGUGGUGGAGUCCACCGAUUCUCCAAGUCCUUUCCUCACCCAGGAUCCAAUCGACCUCAUCAAAAAUGGACAUGCUUCACCAGUUCCUUGGAUUGUCUCCUAUGCUGCCCAGGAUGGUGGCUUUAACGCCGCUCCGUUCCUGCGAAGACAAAACGAUGGACGUGAGCUACUUGAUCAACUUAAUCAUCGUUGGUAUGAUCUAGCGCCCAUUUUAUUUUAUUACCGUGACUCGAUAAAUGACCUCGAGCAAUUGGAUGAUUACUCACGAGACCUUAGACAAUUCUAUAUGCAGGAUGAGAGCUUUAGUACCGAAAGCUACUUCCAGAUGCAGCGCAUGUUUACUGAUAUAUUGUACAAAAAUGGAUCUGAGUUGUCUAUAAAAUUACAUCGGCAGUAUGGAAAUGCACCCGUGUUUGCCUAUGUGUAUGAUAAUGCAGCUAGGUUUGGCACUAGUAAUCUUGGAAAAUGGUUGUCUCAGCGGGACGAUAUACAAUUGGGUGCAGUACACGAUGAUGACUUAUCGCAAAUAUUCACAGAUGCCCAAGGUGUUAUUUCAGAAAACUUCUUAAAUAUGCUGGAAGAUUUUGCAAAAGAGAAACGAGCUCACUUUGGCAAGUGCGAGCUUCGAAACAAUACUAAGGAGUCAAAAUUGAAGUUUCUUCACAUUCAUGACAAUAUUUGCGACAAUUUGGAAUUGGAUUAAUAUCUAUAAGGGUUAAUCGAGAAAAGAAUACAUUAUUGUACUCAACUUUAAUAAUAAAAAGCUGUAUCUAAUAAUAUAUGAAAA